UAACCUUAAAUUUACUAUCCUUUGCAUAGCACUUUACCCUAUUUUUCGCACUAAUACAGCAGAUUGUUGUGGGCUGAUAGGUUCUAAGUAAUGAUAUGUUUUGUGUUCAUGUGCACGGAAUUUCCAAAAGGAAGAAGAAAUUUUUAUUAACUUUUAUUGGACUCUCUGGGCUUUCAUUGGUUUGUUUUUGUCUCUAACCAGGGUAAACAUGUCUGCUAAGUCAAAGAAGAGUUCUACGUGGAAAUAUUUUGUAAAAGGUGAAGGCAGUGCUUCAUGCAAAAUUUGUCAUGUUAAUGUUAAAACAAGUGGCAACACGACGAAUUUGAUGGGCCACCUUAAACGAAAUCAUCUCGAAGUCAUUGAAGCAGAGCCUACAAUCAAGAAAAUGCAUCUGAACUCAGAAUCUAAUGACAAACAAAGUGAGGCUAAUAAUCCAGAUGAUCCUGCUAGGAUACAAACUGAAGAGAUAGAAUGUAGUGAGAUUGUCGUACUGUCAGAUUCAUCAAAUGUUUCAACCACAUCCAGGCCUGGCUCAUCUAAAUCUGAUGCUUCAUCAUCAUUUCAGUCAAAAUCUGAACAACCAAAGAUUGACAGUAUAUUUCAAGAUGUACAAUUCUUCCGAAAAGGUGAGGCUAAUAAUCCAGAUGAUCCUGCUGGGAUACAAACUAAAGAGAUAGAAUGUAGUGAGAUUGCCGUACUGUCAGAUUCAUCAAAUGUUUCAACCACAUCCAGGCCUGGUUCAUCUAAAUCUGAUGCUUCAUCAACCUUUCCUUCAAAAUCUAAACAACCAAAGAUUGACAAGACAUUUCGAGAUGUACAAUCCUUCCGAAAAGGAGGUUACAAAGCUGGUCAAAUUACAAACGCUAUUUUAUUUAUGAUAGCGAAGGAUAAUCAGCCUUUUCAAAUAGUGGAAGACGAAGGAUUUCAACAUUUCGUUAAAACAGCAAUUCCUCUGUAUAAGGUUCCUGACCGAAAAUCUAUCACACGUCUGAUGGAAGAAAAAUACGAACUAUUAUCCAUGGUUAUGAAAACGAAGCUUUCGGCUGUGGAUGCAAUAACGUUAACAUCAGACGUCUAG